UUUGACUUCACCGCUGUUUUCGCUGUUUUUCGUCUCUCGGCUCUUUGCUCUGUUCUCUCUCCUCACACUGACCGCCUGGAUCUUCUCCUCCGAAUGUGACCGCACAGACUUACAGGAUCCAACAGGAGCCCGGCUGUGUGUCCACAAUGAGCGAGCCAGCAGAGGACGGAGCUGCUGAGGUCAAACAUCACCGCUGUUCUCCUGAAAAGAUGCAGCAGCAGAGGCCAGCCUCCCCUGUACCCAGCACCGUAUCCAUGAUGAGUGACCACUCCAUGGCCAAACCUGAGGACUUCAGACUCCAGGCUGGGGAUCCAACGUCGCAGCAGCAGAGGCCAGCCUCCCCUGUACCCAGCACCAUGUCCAUGAAGAGUGACCACUCCAUGUUCAGAUUUGAGGAAUUCAGACAUGAACUCCAGGCUGGGGAUCAAAUGAUGCAGCAGCAGAGGCCAGCCUCCCCUGUACCCAGCGCCGUGUCCAUGAUGAGUGACCACUCCAUGGCCAAACCUGAGGACUUCAGACUCCAGGCUGGGGAUCCAACGUCGCAGCAGCAGAGGCCAGCCUCCCCUGUACCCAGCACCGUGUCCAUGAAGAGUGACCACUCCAUGUUCAGAUUUGAGGAAUUCAGACAUGAACUCCAGGCUGGGGAUCAAACAGUCCAUGGGGAGAGUCCAGCGCCUCCCAAUGGUCGGUCUGCACAGCAGCACCAAACAGACUUGGCCUCCAUAUUUAUGCUGCUUGAACAGGACAUCGUUGGUUUUGUGAAGAAGGAGCUGAAGACGCUUCAGAGUCUUCUGGGACUGGAUCAGCAGGAAUGCUUGGAGAGGCAGAGUGAAGAUGAGGAGGUGUUGGACGGCGAGGAGAAAGAGCAGAGGAAGAACAGCCGAGAGGCUCUUCUGCAGAUUGCGCUGCACUUCCUGAGGAGGAGGAAGCAGGAGGAGCUGGCUGACCGCCUGCAGAGCAAAACACUUGCUGCAGUUUGCCAGCAUAAACUGAAAGACAAUCUGAAGGAGAAGUUUCAGUAUGUAUUUGAGGGGACUGCUAAAGAAAUAAACCCAACACUUCUGAAGGAGAUCUACACAGAGCUGUACAUCACAGAGGGAGGGAGUGGAGAGGUCAAUGAGGAACAUGAGGUCAGACAGAUUGAAACAGCAUCCAGGAGACCAGUGAGACCAGAAACAUCAAUCAACUGUGAGGACAUCUUUAAACCUUUACCUGGAAGAGAUCGACCGAUCAGAAGAGUGAUGACAAAGGGAGUGGCUGGCAUUGGGAAAACAGUCUUAACACAGAAGUUCACUCUGGACUGGGCUGAACACAAAGCCAACCAGCAUGUCCACUUCACAUUUCCAUUCACUUUCAGAGAGCUGAAUUUCCUAAGAGGGCAAAAGUUGAGCUUGGUGGAACUUCUUCAUCACUUCUUUACUGAGACCAAAGAAGCAGGAAUCAGCAGGUUUGAGCAGUUCCAGGUUGUGUUGAUCUUUGAUGGUCUGGAUGAGUGUCGACUUCCUCUGGACUUCAAGAAGAACAAGAUCCUGACUGAUGUUACAGAGUCCACCUCAGUGGACGUUCUGCUGACAAACCUCAUCAAGGGGAAACUGCUUCCCUCUGCUCACCUCUGGAUAACCACACGACCCGCAGCAGCCAAUCAGAUCCCACCUGAGUGCGUUGACAUGGUGACAGAGGUUAGAGGCUUCACUGACCCACAGAAGGAGGAAUACUUCAGGAGGAGAUUCAGAGAUGAGGAGCAGGCCAGCAGAAUCAUCUCCCACAUCAAGACGUCCCGAAGCCUCCACAUCAUGUGCCACAUCCCAGUCUUCUGCUGGAUCACUGCUACAGUUCUGGAGGACGUGUUGAAAACCAGUGAGGGAGGAGACCUGCCCAAGACCCUGACUGAGAUGUACAUCCACUUCCUGGUGGUUCAGACCAAACUGGGGAAUGUCAAGUAUCAUGGGAGAGCUGAGACAGAUCCACUCUGGACUCCAGAGACCGGGGAGAUGAUCCUGUCUCUGGGAAAACUGGCUUUUGAGCAGCUGGAGAAAGGCAAGCUGAUCUUCUAUGAAGCAGACCUGGCAGAGUGUGGCAUUGAUAUCAGAGCAGCCUCAGUGUACUCAGGAGUGUUCACACAGAUCUUUAAAGAGGAGCGUGGGCUGCACCAGGACAAGGUAUUCUGCUUCGUCCAUCUGAGCAUUCAGGAGUUUCUAGCUGCUCUUUAUGUCUCUCUGGCCUUCAUCAACUCUGGAGUCAAUCUGCUGUCAGAAUCACAAUCACCAUCUUGGUGGUUCACACUAUUAAGAUGGUGGCCUAAACUAAGAAAAAGUCCUAAACUAAAACACCUCUAUGAGAGUGCUGUGGACAAGGCCUUAGAAAGUCCAAAUGGACACCUGGACUUGUUUCUGCGCUUCCUCCUGGGUCUUUCACUAGAGACCAAUCAGAGUCUUCUGCAAGGCCUGCUGUCACAGACAGAAGGUCACUCACAGACCAAUCACAAAGCAGAUCAGUACAUCAAAAAGAAGAUCAAGGAGAAUCCCUCCCUAGAGAGAAGCAUCAACCUGUUCCACUGUCUGAAUGAGCUGAAUGACCAUUCUCUAGUGGAGGAGAUCCAACAGUACCUGAGAUCAGGAAGUCUCUCCACAGAUGAACUUUCCCCUGCUCAGUGGUCAGCUCUGGUCUUCAUCUUACUGACGUCAGGCAAAGAUCUGGACGUGUUUGACCUGAGGAAAUACUCUGCUUCAGAGGAGGCUCUUCUGAGGCUGCUGCCUGUGGUUGAAGCCUCCAAAAUAUCUCUGUUGAGCAGCUGUGACCUGUCAGAGAGAAGCUGUGCAGCUCUGGCCUCAGUUCUCAGCUCCCAGUCCUCCAGUCUGAGAGAGCUGGACCUGAGCGACAACGAGCUGCAGGACUCAGGAGUGAAGCUGCUCUCUGCUGGACUGAGGAGUCCAAACUGUAGACUGGAGAUUCUUCGGCUGUCAGGCUGUCUGGUCACAGAGGAAGGCUGUGCUUCUCUGGCCUCAGCUCUGAGCUCCAACCCCUCCCAUCUGAAAGAGCUGGACCUGAGCUACAAUCAUCCAGGAGACUCAGGAGUGAAGCUGCUCUCUGCUGGACUGAAGGAUCCAACCUGCAGACUGGACAAGCUCAGCGUGGCCCACGGUGGAGCACAGAGAUUGAAACUCGGUCCGAGAAAGUACGCCUGUGAGCUCUCGCUGGACCCAAACUCGGCUCACGGGACCCUCGCUGUGUCCCGGGACAGCAGGACGAUGACGGAGCUGAUGCAGGAGCAGCCGCGGCCGGACCACCCGGACAGGUUUGACCACUGGAAGCAGAUCCUGUGCACCGAAGGUCUGACCGGUCGCUGCUACUGGGAGGUCCAGUUGAAAGGCAGAGUUGAUGUGGGAGUGACGUACAGAGGAAUCGUCAGGAGAGGAGCGGACGAUGACUCCUGCCUCGGAGGAAACAACAAGUCGUGGAGUCUGUCCUGCUCGUGGGACGGUUUCUCCGCCUGGCACGACAACAGAAAAACAGACGUGCACGCCCCGCCCUCCUCCGACUUCAGCAGAGUGGCGGUGUAUCUGGACUGGCCCGCCGGCACGCUGUCCUUCUACAGCGUCUCCGUCUCCGACACGCUGAACCACCUCCACACCUUCUACUGCAAAUUCUCCGAACCCGUCUACCCCGGCUUCAGGUUCAGGUUCAGGUACAGGAGCAGGCUUCCCUUUAGAGUCAGCUGGUUCGGUUCCUCGGUGUCCCUGUGCCAGAUGGAGUAGCUCAAAGACAACAUUUAUACCAACAUGUUUACAUGACUGAUGAGGAUGAAUAAUAUUCUCGCUCACAUGCAGCACCACUCGACUCGUUUAUUUGUUCAGCCUCCGUGCAGAAAAGCUCGGCAUCGUGAUUAUUUGUGCACAUCCAAAAACCAGCAGACAUCCAAGUCUUUGAAGAAGUUUGAAAGCAGAGGCCUGGAUCACGAAGCAAGCUCAGUUUCCCUGGAUCUCUCAGACCUAUCCGGC